AUGCGCAGGCAGCACGGUGUCGACUACAUAGUGCUGGCUGGGUACCUGAAGCUGCUGUCACCACCGCUGGUGAGGGGCCUUUCUCACCCUUAUCUACUCCCCAUCCCCACCACUCCAUUUCCCCCGCACCCUCCACGGUGCAGGCAGCACGGGGUGGACUACGUGGUGCUGGCGGGGCACCUGAAGCUGCUGGACACUGCUACCACCACCCCUCAUAAGGGACAUCCUUAUCCAUCCCCCCCUCAUCCACACCCAUCCCCUUCCCCUGCGCAGGCAGCACGGGGUGGACUACGUGGUGCUGGCAGGGUAUCUGAAGCCGCUGCCUGCCUCUCUAGUGAAGGCGUUUCUCACUCUACCCCUGAACACCCCCUCCACCCCCCUCCCCCAUCCUCCCUCCCGUUCCUUGCCCUCGUGUCCCAAACGAUCCUGGCAGCACGGAGUGGACUACGUGGUGCUAGCAGGGUAUGUGAAGUUGCUUCCCGCCUCUCCGCCCUUCACCCCCAGCUCAUCCCGUUCUCUUGCCCCCAACAAUUUCCCACUCCCCCACAACGCAGGCAGCACCGAGUGGACUACGUGGUGCUAGCGGGGUAUCUGAAGCUGCUGCCCGCCUCGCUGGUGGAGGCUGUUUCAACCACCGCUCAUAAGGGCCCUUGUUCAUCCCACUUCCCCCUCAUCCACACCCAUCCCUUUCCCCUGCUCAGGCAGCACCGAGUGGACUACAUAGUGCUAGCGGGGUAUCUGAAGCUGCUGCCCGCCUCGCUGGUGGAGGCGUUCCCACAAGCCAUCCUCAACAUCCAUCCACCCCGCUCUGCUGCCUGCGUUUGGGGGGAAGGGCUACUAUGGCAUGCACAUGCACAAAGCAUCCUCGCCAGCUUGGUGAAGGGCUACUUUGGCAGAUGCGUCCAUCAUGCUGACCUUGCUUACGGGGCCAGGUGUGUGCAUGGGGCUGCCAUGCUGUGGCUGCUCUGGUGUGCUGCUGUGGUGUGGGUUAGUGGAGCUCAGGUCACCUUGCGAGGUGGGCAGCAUGGGCUUCUGUGGGCAUCUGCGUGCACCGUGCUGUCAUUGCCUCUGGCCCCAGCGCUGCCCUCAGAACCGCCAGGGCUGCCCGUGCAGCCCGGCAACCACGCACGUGCCGCAGAGGGGGGGUUCGGCAGCACGGCAGGGGAGGCGGUGCGUGCUUCGAUCGCUGAAGACGGCCAGAGUGUGGAGAGCGCAAGAGAAGUGGAGGAGGAGUGGGUGGGGCACAGGAGUGGGUGGGGCGCAGGAGUGGGUGGGGCGCAGGAGUGGGUGGGGCGCAGGAGUAGGUGGGGUGCAGGAGUGGGUGGGGCGCAGGAGUGGGUGGGGCGCAGGAGUGGGUGGGGCGGGAAGUGGCGGGGCGGGCAUGGUGUGAUGGUGCAUUGGGCAACGACCUGCCGCUCUUCACCCUCAAGGACAACCCUCCUCUUCAACGCGCCGUGCCACCCACAUCAUCGCCAAUCGCAUUCCUUCACAAUUCCUUCACCAGUCGCUGCACAAUCCCUGGCACUGAUUCACUGUUGCCGGUGCACAGCAUGGUGCACAGUGUGCCCACCGGACUGCCAAAUGCUGUUUGAGGGGGUCAAGGACCAGCUGCCGCCCGUGGGACCCGGCAACUUCCUCGCCCGUAUCAUUGGAUGCGUGCUCCUCUGCCCUGUGCCAUGUGCCAUGCGCGUUGCACCGCCCUCUCAUCCUUUUUGUCCUUACCGAUAG